AUGUCAUUUUAUCAAUUAGUUAAAUCUUCUCCUGAUUAUAAAAACUACGCUUUUCAAAUUUCAGUUUCAAAAUGCGGAGAAAGUGAAUCAAAAGGAAGUCAUACAUUUUCAAUUGCAUGGGGUGAUCUACGUUUUGAGAAUAAUAACAUCACUUACAACAAAUGCAUUAUACAUUCAUCAAUGUUUAUUGUUCUUGAUGGAAAAUCAAGUACAUGUAAUUUCUCAACAUUCAGAGAAAACAACCAAACUAAAAGUGUAUCUCUUUAUUUUGGCAGUAAUUCUGAUUCAGAAGUACAAACAGUUUCUUAUUGCAAUGUUAUUGGAAAUAAAUGCGAAACAGACGAUGACCAAGUUCUAUUUCUUUGUAGAUUCAAUACUACUGUUGAUCACUGCGUAUUUUUAAAUAACACUGCAAAAUAUAUGUUUUGGAUUUUCUUUGAAGAUUGUACAUUGACUAUUACUGAUUCAUGUAUUCAAUCAAAUUCAAAAACAGGAUCAGGAACUCUUAAAUUAAUAAUUGAAAAUAUUUCACAAUUUGAUUCAUUUGAUUGUUUCAAAGAACCAAAAUUAAUGACAGUUAAAGUUUCUAGAUUUUGUUCAUUUGCAGAAUUUUCAAAUGUACUCUUUACAAAAAAGUAA